CAGCAACCUCACAUAAAAAUCAUCAGCCCGUCUUUCUACUUGGAUGUCAAUAUGACUGGCAUCUCAGUCACAUCAACCGCCGUUUCAUUUCUCAACAAGCUGCGCGGAAAGUCCAACCCAUACGAAAAGGCUCAUCCCACUCAGUCCAAUAUCACUUUACCGAACAACACUGCAAAUCAACCGCGAAAUGCUGUCCCACAAAACGAUCUGCUCGCAGAAGCACGUGAAGCAGCGGGUCUCGACCCAGUCACAGGUCGUCGGCGCACACAUGUGGCUCACCAAAUGCUCAGUCAACAGCAGCCAGCACCAUACGGUGCUAGCCAGACGCCUGCAGAACAAAAAGCAGCGUAUCUGGCAUGGGCGGCACAGAGGCCGCAAGAGAGGGGGCGGCCAUAUGGCAGUUACGAGGAGUUUGUACGGGAGAUGAUUGAGAAAAGGGAUGGGAGGAGGGACGCUGCGGGUGGUUUGUCGAGUUAUUACGCGCCGGAGAGGAGGGUGGAGGAGUAUUAUUCUCAGGCACUGAGGAACUAGGUGACUUUGUAUCGAUGUGUAUUUUUCCUUACUGUUGUACUUUACAGGGUUCUAAUUUGAAUGGAUUGGUUGGAGCUGGUAUGCAGAGUCCAUAUCUUUUGGGUGUGGGUGGAGUAAAGCAAACAAGGGAAGAGAGGUAGUAGAUAAACAUGAUACCCGAUAUGUAAUCACAUGACUGUUCUUUCCUUCA